AUGGCAUCUUCCGUUCUGUCCAGAGCUUUCUUAGCUCAUCGAUUCCUUCAAUCUUCUUCUACUCACUUUCACAAACCCAAAUUCUUCACUUCGAUACUAUCCAAGAGAUCAUUUCACUCUUUUUCCUUUUUUUUUUUUUUUUACUAUUUUAAUUGGGUUUUCUAUGUGGAUUUUUGUUUUUGGGGGCGAGAAUUGGACUGGUCUGUUUAUUGUAGCAUGACUACAUCAGCAGUAGCCUCUCAAGCUUCAUUUUCCAUGCAGUCCCUGCAAACCAACGAACCUGUUGUUUCAGUGGAUUGGCUCCAUGCCAACCUUCGAGAACCUAACGUGAAGGUGUUGGAUGCAUCCUGGUACAUGCCAGAUGAACAGAGAAACCCAGUUCAAGAAUAUCAGGUGGCACAUAUUCCUGGUGCUCUUUUCUUUGAUGUGGAUGGCAUAUCAGAUCGAAUUAGCAAUUUGCCUCAUAUGUUGCCAUCGGAGGGAGCAUUUGCUGCUGCUGUUUCUGCCCUUGGCAUUGACAAUAAGGAUGGGCUUGUUGUGUAUGACGGAAAGGGAAUUUUCAGUGCAGCUCGUGUUUGGUGGAUGUUCAGAGUUUUCGGUCAUGAUAGAAUUUGGGUUUUAGAUGGAGGUCUGCCUAGAUGGCGUGCUUCAGGAUUUGAUGUUGAAUCAAGUGCGUCGAGCGAUGCUAUCUUCAAAGCUAGUGCUGCCAGUGAGGCAAUAGAGAAAGUAUACCAAGGACAGCAUGUUGGGCCAGUUACCUUCGAAACCAGAUUUCAGCCACAUUUGGUUUGGACACUUGAACAGGUCAAGGAAAAUGUGGAGGAGAAAACAUAUCAGCAUGUAGAUGCUCGUUCAAAAGCUAGAUUUGACGGUGCUGCACCAGAGCCCCGAAAGGGUAUAAGAAGUGGCCAUGUACCAGGGAGCAGAUGUAUUCCUUUCGCCCAGAUGUUGGAUGGUUCACAGACACUCUUACCUGCAGACGAGCUCAAGAAAAGAUUUGAGCAAGAAGGAAUUACAUUGGACAAACCCGUGAUAACUUCGUGUGGCACUGGUGUAACUGCAUGUAUCCUGGCAUUGGGCCUCCACCGACUGGGGAAGACGGAUGUUCCGGUAUAUGAUGGUUCGUGGACAGAAUGGGGAGCAAAAGCCGAUACCCCCGUUGAAUCCUCUGAAGCAUAG